ACAUAUUUUGUUGUUUUAGGUUGUACAGUUAAUUUGAUAUGUUCACAUGUAUUGAAUGCGGUGAACAAUGCAAAGAUUUGUAUUCCACAUUCCCUAAUACUGGGAUCCUUAAGAUAGAACAUUGUACAAAGUGCAAGCAAGUUGUUGACAAAUAUAUUGAAUUUGACAUCACUCUCGUAUUCUUGGAUUUAAUUCUUCUGCGACUUGCAGCCAUUCGUCACAUAUUGUGUAAUCGAGACACUGGUAAUGAACACUGGAAAUUGGCUUUUUUGUGCUUGUUUUGUGAUGGCUAUAUGAAGUGGAUAUCAAAAAAUGCACCCAGCGCAACCAUUGAUGAUAGAAACAGUACAAAUUCUGAAGAUGUUGUAUUCCAUGCAGCAACUCAACUACAACUUUACGUCAUGACUAUUGUAUCAGGACUUGAACUAAGCUUAUUUAUAUUCAUUGUGUUAUUCUUAUGUUAUGUUAUUCAAAAACUUCUUGUUAUUUUGAUGCCAAAAUUACCAUCAGUUUUACUUUUUUCAACAUCUAAACAAAUUGUAUUCAAUGCUAAGAAGAUAAGUCAAGCACUACUUUUUGCUAAUUGUGGUAAAUUAUUGUUACUCCCUGCAAUUGUUUGGGGUCAGCGUUCGAAGCAUCUUUACUAUAUUAUUGCACAUGUUAUAUGUUCCAGUACAGUUUCACUGAGUAUAGUUACAAACUUUUCAUAUGCAGUAACAGCAACAAUAUCUGUGUGUAGUUUCGUUUCGAUUUUGUACUUACAACCAUGGACAAAUUCAAUGUUUGAAAGCAAUGUUCUGUUUUGAUUCACUAGACAUACACAUUGCUUGGCCAGAAUCUUUCUUUCUUCUUGUUAUGCCGUUUGAGAUGGACCAUUUAUCGCAUUAGAUUUGAUGUUUUCUAACAUUCGUAGUUGUUUCUGUAUGUUAUUUUAUUAUUUUUAUACUAUUUUAUACACAGCAUAUUUGUGAAAUUUAUAUUGGCAAACCAGGAUUGUAAUAUUCCAGUUGAAUACAGAAAUGAUGCUUAUACCUGUGAAGAAGCAAGAAAAAGUUUACCAG